AUGAACCCAGGACCUUCUAGCUGUGAGGCAACAGUGCCAAACACUGAGACACCUCACUGCUCACACAAAAGUGGAAAGCAGGAGGGUUUAGAUGAACAGCAGACCACUCUGAUCAGGGAAUAUCAACAUGUGAAUGAAGAAACUGAUGAAGCAGGAAAUAGACUCCUCUUCGACGAUAGCUACACUGAGGUCUACAUCACAGAGGGAAGGAGUAACGAGGUUAAUACCCAACACGAGGUGAGGCAGCUUGAAACAGCUUCUAAGAAGAAGACCCUCCAUGACGCUCCAAUCAAGUGUCAGGACAUCUUUAAAGUCUUACCUGGCCAAAAGAAACGCAUCAUCAAAGUGGUUCUGAUGAACGGUGUCGCUGGCGUUGGAAAAACCUUCACAGUGCAGAAGUUCACUCUGGACUGGGCACAGCGCUCCAACAACCAAGAUAUCAGUCAGCUGAUUCCACUUCCGUUCAGAGAGCUGAACGUGAUCAAAGAUGAGCAGCACAGUCUGAUCACACUGAUCUGUCAUUUCUAUCCAACAUUACAGAAGCUCACAGCAGAGAAGCUCGCUGGCUGUAAAGUUCUGUUCAUCUUUGACGGCCUGGAUGAAAGCAGACUUUCACUGGAUUUCAACACCAGUGAGGUCGUGUCUGAUGUCACACAGAAGUCAUCAGUCAGCGUGCUGCUGACAAACCUCAUCCAGGGGAAGAUGCUUCCCUCGGCUGUCAUCUGGAUAACUACCAGACCUGCAGCAGCCAAUCAGAUCCCUCUGAAAUGUGUCGACAGGGUAACAGAAGUACGAGGCUUCACUGACCCCCAGAAGGAGGAGUACUUCAGGAGGAGAUUCAGUGAUGAAGAGCAGUCCAGCACAAUCAUCUCACACAUCAAGACAUCCAGGAGCCUCCACAUCAUGUGUCACAUCCCAGUCUUCUGCUGGAUCACUGCUACAGUUCUGGACCACAUGUUGACUCCAGACCAGAGAGGAGAGCUGCCCAAGACCCUGACUGACAUGUACUCAAACUUCCUGCUGGUUCAGAUAAAGAUGAAGAAGAACAAGUAUGAUGAAGGACAUGAGACGAGUCCACAGGAGCUGAAGAAGGCUGACAGGAAACUUCUUCUGAGGCUGGGAAGGCUGGCGUUUGAACAACUGGAGAAAGGAAACAUCAUGUUCUACCAGGAAGACCUGGAGCAGUGUUGUCUUGAUGUCACAGAGGCCUCGGUGUUAUCAGGAGUUUGUACAGAGAUCUUCAAAAGAGAGAAACUCAAGAAGAAAGCAGUCUACAGCUUUGUUCAUCUGAGCGUUCAGGAGUUUCUGGCUGCAGUCUACAUGUACCACUGUUACACCAGCUGGAACACAAAGGUACUGAAGGACUUCCUGAGAGAAGAAAGACUAGAAAAGCCUUUCUACAAUUACUUAUCUCUGGAUGACUUCCUGCAGAGAGUCAUGGAGAAAUCUCUCAAGAGUAAAAAUGGCCACCUGGACCUGUUUGUCCGCUUCCUUCAUGGCCUCUCUCUGGAGUCCAACCAGAGUCUCUUAGGAGGCCUACUAGGUCAGAAGAAGAAGAACAGUCCAGAAACCAUCCAGAGAGUCAUCAACAACCUGAAGGAGAUGAACAGUGGUGAUAUCUCUCCUGACAGAAGCAUCAACAUCUUCCACUGUCUGAUGGAGAUGAACGACCGCUCAGUACAUCAGGAGAUCCAAGAGUUCCUGAAGUCAGAGAACAGAUCAAAGAGGAAAGUCUCUGAGAUCCAGUGCUCAGCUCUGGCCUACAUGCUGCAGAUGUCAGAGGAGCCUCUGGAUGAGUUGGACCUGGAGAAGUACAACACAUCAGAGGGGGGACGACGGAGACUGAUCCCAGCUGUGAGGAACUGCAGAAAGGCUCGACUUACUGACUUUAAACUCUCAGACACUGACUGUGAAGUUGUGGCCUCAGCUGUGAAGUCCAACCCUCAUCUGACAGAGCUGCACCUGAGACUCUACAACCUGUCUGAUUCAUCAGUGAAGCUUCUGUCUGCUGUACAGGAGAGUCCAAACUGUAAACUGACUCUGAUACUUACUGACUUUGGACUCUCAGACACUGAAUGUGAAGUUGUGACCUCAGCUGUGAAGUCCAACCCUCAUCUGACAGAGCUGCACCUGAGACUCUACAGACUGUCUGAAUCAUCAGAGAAGCUUCUGUCUGCUAGCUGCACCUGA